AUGCCCGCCAAGGACGACAAGAACCACGCUCCCGUCCCGGUGCACGUCUCCCUGCUCGCCGGCGGCGUUGCCGGCGCCAUCGAAGCCGCGCUAACCUACCCUUUCGAGUUCGCCAAAACACGCGUCCAACUGCGCAACGAGCAAGCCCAGGCCGCACCACCUUCGCUCCGCGCGGCAGCAACAAAUCGCCCCGCCUACAAGAGCCCCAACCCCUUCACCAUAAUCCGCGAUGUCGUCCGCGACGAGGGCCCGCGCGCCCUCUACUCGGGCUGCACCUCGCUCGUCAUCGGCUCGGUGGGCAAGGACGGCGUGCGCUUCCUCUCGUUCGACCUGAUCAAGCGGCAGUUCGCGGACAAGGAGACGGGCACCCUGACGCCGCUGCGCAGCCUGGGCGCCGGCAUGACGGCCGGCGUCGUCGCGUCGGCCACGGCCGUGACGCCGACGGAGCGCAUCAAGACGGCCCUCAUCGACGACGCCCGCGCCGGCGGCGAGCGGCGGUUCCACGGGAGCAUGGUCAAGGCGAUACGCGGCGUGGUGGCCGACGAUGGGGUGGUGAGGGGCUUGUACAGAGGGUUUGCGGGGACGACGCUGAAGCAGGCGAGCGCGACGGCGGUUCGGAUGGGGACGUACAACAUCUUGAAGGAUUGGGAGAGCAUGAGGGGUGUCGAGCAAUCGACGGCUGUGAACUUUGCGAAUGGCAGCGUGGCGGGUAUUGUGACGACGUAUGCGUCCCAGCCAUUUGAUACGAUUAAGACGAGGUGUCAGAGCGCGAGGGGCGAGUCGACUGUGGCGGCGAUAAGGAGUCUCUGGGAGGAUGGCGGGUUGAGGGGAUUCUGGAGAGGAACGGUGAUGAGGUUGGGAAGGACGGUUUUCAGCGGUGGGAUUUUGUUCACUGGAUAUGAGAGGAUGGUGAAGAUCUUGGACCCUCUCAUUGGACGGGGGGUGGCAUAUGCCUGA